CCUUUUGCUGCACUCUUCAUUUGCUCUUGCAGCUGCAGGAAGUUGAGCAACUCAGCCCACAAGUGUGCCACAGAAAUUCACCCAGAACAAGAUAAGGACCAGAGAGUACUGAGACCUAUUACUAGCUCUUUUUGGAUCCAGAGAGCGUGAAACACCUGUCAGAAGAGCAACAGAGUCAAGCUGAAGUUAGCGGGUCUCCUUCACCUCCCUGGAUUACAAACAGAUUUAUUCCAGCUUUUAUAAUGAUGGUUGGAAAAUAUAGCCCGCCAUUACAAGCAAAAAGACAAACAUUUUUGAACAAGAUGCUGAAAAUGUUAGCAACCAGCCUUCAAUUCCUACUGUAAUGAAUACACUGUGUGACAUUCAGCGUCAUUUAAAAGCAUGAAUUUGCAUACUGGAACUUUUGUACGUCCGUUUCCUGAAACAGACGCAGCUAGCAGCACAACUGAAGAUGCAGAUGCACUUGGAACAGCAGCACAAAGUCAUAGUCAGUUAUCUGCGAUGCCUUUUGGCUCUGCAGCUGCUAGAUUCAAAAUACGCUCUGCCAAAACACUUACUACCAAGGACCUCAGGACGAAAAGCUUUUUUUUUGAGGGUGGAAAAGUUGAAGAUUUAAGCCAGAAAAGUGAUCCUAGUAAGGACCUCAACAAAGCUUGUACUUCUUCAGCUAGUGAUACCCACACUAACACUGAUGGCAAAGAGACAGGUAACACUUUAAGUAAGGAUACAAGCAAGGACUCAACUCUUCCCAUCAGUUCUGAGAAGGGUGAUGUGAGCGCUAAGAAGUUAAACACUCAAGAAGACAAGAGUAAGGCAGCAAGUGACAGGAGCAAAGGAGAUGUAUUGAGGAGAUCUUAUCAGUCAAACAAAAGCAAAAGCUUAGACUGGAGAGCAGGACAUGGGAAUAGAAUUUGGAUGACUAGUGGGACUAGAGACCUUGAAAAUUUUAUGAGGCGAUCCGAUUUAGAGAGAACCGGGAUAAACAACAAGAUAACUUCAUACACGCAAGAGAAUCAACCCAGUAGUGUUUCACGAAGGAGUCAGAAUUACAAUGCAGCCAAUCAAGACAAUCAGAACAGUGACAGAAAGGAUUGCUCUGGAUCUCCAUCUGUGAGAAUGAACCAAGUAAAUUUUGCUCUUGAACAGGCAAACAGUGGUCAGUCACUCCCAUCCAGAUUGAAGCCAAGACUUAGCCAAGGUUCCAUUGGAGAAGGUAGCAGUCUCUGGGCACAGCAACAAGGUGAAUCAAGUCUUGAUCAGACAGAAAACAGAAUGGGAUCCUGGGCCAGAGAGCAAGGAUCUUCCAAUGCAGAGGAAAUAACUGGAAAUCAAACAAUAAUGGAAAGAAUUGCAAAACUGUUUGGAGUAGAUGCCAACUCUGAUGCACACUCAAAAGAUUCAAUCAGAGUAAAACGCAGCAAUACUGUAAAUUCUGAUGAAUCCUUUCCCAAAUCAAUGGACACGGUGGACUGUACUCCAAGACACAGAAAAUACACUACUGACUAUGUGUUUGGAGCUUCUUUAGAUUGUACUGACAGCCAACAGGAGAAACCUUCUUACAAUAUAGAAAAAGCUGGAACAUUCCCUAGAGGGUUUUCAAAAACAUACUUUGAUCCAAAGCAAGAACCCUCUACCAACAGGGAGAACAGAAAUGAUCAAAGGGACAAUUCCUCUGGACUAAGUUUUUCAGUGUCAUCAAAGCCUAAAUGGAGUACAGAAAUGUCCUCUCUCAAAAAAGCUCAGUCACUUCUGCCUGAUGACAAUGAAGAGACAAGCAGAACGUGGUUUACAGGGUCUCCAAAGUAUUGUAGUCAGUCCUUAGAAAGGACCAGGAGUAGACUGUCAGCAACUGCUCAAUGCAAUGCUCGCAGGAACCAGCCUGACAGUUCAAGCAUCUCCGGCCAGGGUGUCAAACACAUGUUAACCACUUCUGGAGGAAUCAAGGAGGAAAUUGGGGAAGACAAACACCCACUAGCCUCAAAAGGAGAAGCACACAAUGAAAUCCGUAAAGAGGAAGCGAAAGAUCAUGUCUUCAUGGUUAAAACUGCAGGAAGGAGAGGAGAUCGUGUUCUAGAAAAGUCGCGUUUACCAUCCUCAGAUUCUGUGAAGAAUACAAUCAGCAUGUUUGAAUCUUUGGCUCAACAAAGCAAAAGCACACCAGAGAUUCUUCACACCAGGAGGACAUUAUCUGUACCAGAGCCCUCCAAGCCUGCAGCUCCAUUGAAGAAGAGUGAUUCGGAAACAAAUCUACAUUUUGGAAGGGUUGUGGGGAACACAGAAAGCCUAAGAACAAAUAUCUUUAGCAAAAGCGAUUCUAAUGAGGAGACUGAAGGAACUGUUGACCUAAGUAGAACUCCUCAUUCAAAUUCCACAGUCAAAGUAAGACCAACAUUAGAACAACAUCAAGAGACAUACAAAAAGAGUCUUGAGCUUGCUCCAGCAUUAAAACAAAUAAAUGAACCAAAAACUGACCAAGUUAUCAGCGUGAGGGAUGAAGAUGAAAGGAGGACUGUGAAUAAAAAACACAUGGAUGAACCAGAUUCUACCAUCAAUGCUCACUCAGGGCUCAGAAACAUAGGGGCAGUGGAAGAAAAAGCAAGAAUCCCAUCAAUCUCUCAACAGUCAAAUGUCAAAAGUUUACUAAAGCAAAAGUCAAUUAAUGUAAAAAUAGUUGAUGAUGAUGAAAACACACCAACUAACUCACCUGACAGAGCCCCUCUCAUAGUUAACAUUCAAAAGCAGAGUAGCCCUGGAGCCGUAACAGUCAACGGUAACCAUCCCAAAGUGCUGCCCAAUCAUCCUCAAAGUUCUACUCAUAUCCAGACAAUAUAUUCCUCACUCAAUAACUCUAAUAAUAACAACUAUGAAACAACAAGGAAGGAUUUGACCCCAAUGACUACUAGCAUGGCUAGGUGGAGCUCUGAUGAAGAAGACGAUGAUGAGGAAACAGACACUGAAGAAGACUCUGACUCAGGAGAGUCAUCUGUGACCAUCACAAGCAACAUGAGCCAAUCAGAACGCAAAAGUUUCUCUCUAAGUUUUGUGGAACUAUGUGAUUAUGGUGGAGUGGACUAUAAACCAUCAGAUGGAUGUUUGUCAGAGGAUGAUGAAGUUUCGCCAUACACACGCUCUGCGUCCUUGAGCUCAGACAUCUCAGCCUUCUCUUCUGUGACUCUGCUGAGCACUGAUGAACUGGAUCGCUUAAUAGAUGAUGUCAGGGGCUUGGGAGAUGACACCCUGCAGAAAUAUGAAGAUGUGCAAGUGGUUGUGUUACACAAGGAAGUAGGGAGUGGCUUAGGAUUUACCUUGGCAGGUGGAGUCGAUCAGAAUAAACCAGUCACAGUCCACAGAGUAAUACCAGGUGGUGUAGCAGCACAGGAAGGCUCUAUCUUUGAGGGUGCUCAGGUGCUGUCAAUCAAUGGCACUGCCCUGCAGAACUCCGCCCACUGGGAGGCACUGCGUACAUUGAGAAAAGUGAGAGGGCAGGGCAUGGCGGUAGUUGUUCUUCAGAGCGGUAACAGCAGAAAGGAAGCCACUGAAAGACCAGGAAUCACAGGCAGCAGAGUCCGUGUGAUUCUGAACAAGUCCAGCUCUGAUCUUGGCUUUAGUCUGGAAGGAGGGGUGGGAUCCAGCUCGGGAGACAAACCCCUCACUGUACAAAAAAUAUUCCGUGGUGGACCAGUCAAUGAAGUGUUUCCUGGGGAUGAGUUGUUGGAGGUGCAAGGUCAGAGUUUGGUGGGUAUGAUGCGUCUUGAGGCUUGGAGCCUCAUAAAGAAACUGCCCCCUGGUCCUGUGGAUGUCUUACUGCACCGUCCUCAGCAACCACGUUGAAGACCUCUACUUUCCUUCUUGCACCUCACUUCUCAAAGAAAUUCAGUCAUAAUUUAAGCACUGUUUUUUCUAUAAGGAUUUUUGCUGUUACAGGUUCUGUGAAAUUGUAUUUUUGCAAAUGUUCAGUUCUGCAAUUAGAAAGUAUCAUUCACCAUAGUGUUUUGAAGUGUUUUUUUUUUUCUCUCACUGAUAUUAUAUAACUAUGAAUUAAUACUGCCAAAAUGAAAAGCACUGGAGGCCAGGAGGUCAUUUUUUCUAUCACUUAUUUUAAAUAAUGUUUAAGCUCUCACAUUAUUUAACUAUUGAUGUAAUAUUGUACUCUCAGUCUUUAUCAGUAGCCAUUACAUAUUUAAAAAAAAAUAAUUAUGCUACUAUGUAUAUGUUGUCUGUACAGCACAAAUCCGUCCCAAUUAAACUUUUUUCAUAAUAAAGACAAAG